AGAGUAAAUGCAGAUGAGAGAGGCAGAGAAGAAAAGAUCUGAGAGAGCAUGGAGAGCUUUUGAACAAAGCAGGUGCAGCUGCUGAUCCGUGCCGUGUUGUGUACACGGUCCUGGGUGGAGGACAGGUAGGGGCCCCUCAGGGGCUGGAUCAUGGGACAGAGCUUUGGCCUGGAGAUUCCAGCUGAGGAUACACAACAACACAGAACUGGCGAUGAUGAAUCUGAGCAGCACCACAGCACAAUGGUGGGAGAUGGGGGCAGCACGGGGGACGAUACCCCAAAGCGCAAAGGCAAGUUUUCCACUCUUGGCAAGAUCUUCAAACCCUGGAAGUGGCGUAAGAAGAAAAGCAGCGAGAAGUUCAAGGAAACAUCUGAAGAACUGGAGAGGAAGAUGUCGACACGGCGUACACGACAGGAGCUUAUAGAACAAGGGGUGCUGAAGGAGGUCCCCGACAACGAUGCCGAUGCACAAAAUGUGAAGCAAUCUUAUGUGAAGAAUGGCCACACCCUCCCUGUUGGAGUUGGAGGAGGAUCGGGAGUCAUCAGUUCUAGCAGGAGCCCGUCUAACCAGGCCAAACUCCCCAUGGAGUCUGACUUUAGGAUGAACCCAGCGAGGCUCAUCCAGCCAGAGGAGCGCUGGGGCCACUCGCCUUCAGAAGGAGACCGCCGCGGAGCUCUGAGCUCCAGGAGCGCUGGACUUCAUGAGGAAGGGCGGAGAAGUGGAGGGAUGGGGCCACGCGCACAUGGGGAUGGGGAGUGGAAGWCUAACCUAGCCUGGCAGGGUCAGAUCCAUAGUCAGGUGGAGGAGGGCCGGCGUGGGGGCAGGCUUCACCCGGAGAACGGGCAGAGGAGGCCCGGGCUGCAGAAGGCACCGUCAGAAGAUGGCAGGAGGAGUCGGCCUGCAGAAGCAGAUUGGAAACCUACUCUCCCUCGCCACGCUUCUGCAGAGGAGGGGCGGGCCCGCAGAGAGUCAGACAGCCAUUUUGUCCCUGACCCGGACGCCCUGCAGGACAGCUUACGUGAGCCUCUGCCUCCCAAACAGACGGUCCUGCCUCCAAAGUGGCUGAUGAGCUCCAGCGCCGAAACUGGCAGCAACGGCCCACCUCGGACGCCUUCCAACCACCCCGUCGCCGCCCAGUAUUCCUCCGCCUCGGCCGCCACGUCCAAACCCGUUCGGUCCGUUUCCUCUGCGGGCACCAGCACUCAGCAGACACCCACCUCUCAGGUCACCAAGCAGCCCCCUCUGCCUCCACCCAAGCCUGUGAACAGGAACAACGCAGCCAUGCUGGUGUCCGCCCUGCAGGGGGGAGAAAACGCACAGCUUCCCCUCUACUGGUCCUGCUGGAAGCGAGAGUGCGACUAUGAUGUCUACCUGUCCCUGCCUGUGUAUCUGUGCCGGCGGGCCGGAGGCCUGCGCUCAGGUGAGUUCACACAAGGCUCAGGGGGGGCCAGCCUCCUUCCMGUCAAGCCGUCACCUCCAAUGCCCCCUAAGAGGACCACCCCAGUCACAAAACGCAACACAGAGGACUCUGCAGCGAGCCACCCCAUGACCCCCUCCCSUCUCUCUGCCGACGACCACGGCAACCUCUCUCUAGGUUUCCAGCUGCCCCCGCCCUCACCCCCGCUGCCCGCUCACAUACCACCCUCCCCGCCCCGCCAGCACAUACACACCCACCACCUUCACCACCAGCAUUCCUACCCGCACCCGCUGCCCCAGCCCAUACCCAUGUUGUUCGACCCGCCAAGCCCCACCGUCGAAUCCCCCCAACGCCCUGCCCCCAUCCCACUGCACAUCAUGAUCCAGAGAGCCCUGUCCAGUCCCGGUCCGGCUCAGCCGCAUCCAGACGGGUCGCAGCGAGCGCACGCGCUGCUUUUCGAGACCCCCCCGGAGUACCAAGGAGAUCGGGGUCGGCCUCUGCCUGUCAGCAUCCAGCCUUUAAAACUAUCUGAGGAUGACUACUCGGAAGAAGAGGAGGAAGAGGACGAGGAAGAGGACGAGUAUGAUGGGGAGAUCCCCCAGCCCGAGCUGGAGCCCCGGAGUCGCCGGUGCCUGGUCGGUGACGCUGGCAUUUGCAUCAUCCCCGGGGGGGACGGCAGUGAGGAGGAGGAAGAGGAGGAGGAGGAGGAAGCGGAAGGAGGUCAUGACAUGCACGGAGAGGACAGCGACUCAGARGGUCCUGUGCUCCACAAAGAUGAAGACUCAGACGAGGAGGACGAGCCCCCACCAAGUGCCCUGGCCAGCAGGGUGAAGAGGAAGGACACCCUGGCUCUGAAGCUCAGCAGCCGCCCCUGCGCCCCUGACCGGUUCACCCAGGAGCGGAGCGGCAGAGAGGAUCAGCCUCCGGGGCAGACGGGCCUCACCUGGCAGAGCAGGGAGCAGUGGGAAGCCAUUCGCACACAGAUCGGCACUGCGCUCACACGACGACUUAGCCAGAGACCCACUGCAGAGGAGCUCGAGCAACGAAACAUCCUUCAGCCCAAAAAUCAGGCUGACAGGCAAGCUGAGGUUCGAGAAAUCAAACGACGGCUGACCAGAAAGCUGAGUCAAAGACCCACGGUGGCUGAACUCCAGGCGAGAAAGAUCCUGCGCUUCCACGAGUACGUGGAGGUCACAGAAGCUCAAGACUACGACAGGAGGGCCGACAAGCCGUGGACCAAGCUGACUCCAGCUGACAAGGCAGCCAUCCGGAAGGAGCUCAACGAUUAUAAAAGCACUGAAAUGGAGGUUCAUGAAGAAAGCAGAAUUUACACAAGGUUUCAUCGGCCUUAGCAUCCACACUCUCGAAUAAUAAAGCACUUAAGACGUCUGUGAAAAGAAGCUGCUCCGUUUGCAGAUUUCCCUUUUUACCUUUCUCGAAUGUGCUGCACUGUUGAUCAGGAAGAGGCCUGGAACUGACUCAGAAUGCUUGUCGCCUUCCCUCCGUCGCCCUCUCUCCCCCAUCCUGCACUGCUUUUUGCUGAACUGAGGUGGUGGUGAUGGGUGAGGACCAGAUGCAGUAUUUCUCCUGGACAAUAGGGGGAGCCACGUGCCAAUGAAGUACGGAGGUGGCUUACUCUCUCCUUUGUUGUGUGGUACCCCUCAGGGACUUGGAUCUAGUUAAAACCUUUAAWGCGACCUCAUUAUGUGUUGCCUUUUUUUUCUUCUUUGCUGAAUAUGGAAACACUAACUCAUCUUGUUAAUGUAAUAGCUUACAAUAUAAAAACUGUAAUAAUAAGAAUGACCUUCACACAGUAAUAAUAGAUAACUGAGACUGGAUCAAGAGUGGACCUGGAUGGUGAGGACUUGGAAACUCUGCUUUAGGAACUGUGCUUCUCUGGGAUAUUGUGUUUUAUAUUGAUUGUGUACAGACUUCUACUGUUAUUCUUUAGAAUAUGAUGAGAAAAUAUUCUGUAAUGCACAAGACAUUUUAUUUUGUAAUUCUGAUUACAUUGGUAGUGACAGCUUUUAUUUGAGCUUUUUAUCCUUUUGUCGUUGCCUGUAUUGGUGGUUGUGACAUGAGGUGGCCGAUUUAGAGUCAAACUAGUUAAAGUGGUGAUUCACYUUUUUGAAAUGGGGUUUUAUGUAAAGAAUAUGGGCAGCUACUAUCUUACCUGUGGUAGAUACCUGUUUGACAAGUUUAACACUAACAAAUUUACAGCUAACCCUAAGUGGGGCCGAGAUUAAAAUCGACCCUGUCCAGUUUAGGUGUUAGCUCAUGAAUCUGGUCAGAAUAAAACUAUUGUAUUUUUGCAUAUAGAAUGGAAAAAAAGAGUAACCCUAUAAAACAGGGGUCUGCAA